AUGCGUCUCUGGUCUGGCUGCCUGUGGGCAGCCCUCGCCCUGUCUGUCAAUGCACAGUCUAACUCUUCCGAAGCCGUCGACCCUGCGACUGUCGCCUUGCCUGACAGUGCCCCGUUGAACUCGACCGAUGGGAUCGAGCCGGCGGACUUUAAUGUCACCCAGGCGCUGGUGGACAUGGGAGUCGACGUGUCUGCACUUCCUGUUGCCCAACUUGCUGAACGCUCGUCUAACGCUGCCUGUUCGCUUGCAUGCGGCUCCCUGGAACUCCUGUAUGGUGCAUCAAGUGUCGAGUUCAGCAAUAGCGCCGCGUAUGACGCCUUCACAUCCGGCUAUUGGUCUCAGAUCCAGGAGAAUGUGAACCCUUACUGCAUCUUCAACGCGCCCAACAAAGGAGCUGUGGCUGUGGUGAUUCUGCUUUCUCGACUGACUACCUGCCCCUUUGCGGUCAAGAGCGGUGGCCAUGCAGCGUUCCAAGGUGCUUCCAACAUCGAAGGCGGCAUCACUGUCUCUCUCGCCGCGCUGAACACCAUCACCGUCUCUAGUGACAAGAAGACCGUCGCUGUCGGACCAGGCAAUACCUGGAAUGCCGUGUAUACAGCCCUCGCCCCAUACAAUUUGGCAGCCAUCGGCGGACGGGUUGCGCCCAUUGGUGUCGGUGGUCUCACGCUUGGGGGUGGCAUAUCCUUCUUUUCCUCUCUGUACGGAUGGGCCUGCGACAACGUUGCAUCGUACGACGUGGUUCUUGCCUCGGGAGUCCAGGUCACGGCGUCACCGUCGACCAAUUCCGACCUCUACUGGAGUCUUCGCGGCGGUGGUAACAACUUCGGCAUCGUCGUCAACUUCAACCUCGCCACCAUCAACCUGCCCGGGAGCGAGCUGUGGGGGGGCACUCGUGUAUACACCGAGGAUCAAUUUGCGGACCUAGCCAAUGCUUUUGCCGGAGUCGUGAGCGACUCUCCCAACGAUGGCAACGCCGGCCAGUGGGUUGCCUGGCUGGAGAGCAAUGGCACGAAAAUCGCCUCUGCGGAACUCUACUACGGCCAGCCCAACGGCGGCAGUGCCGCGAUCUGGGACAGCUACAACGCGCUUACGGCCAUCUCGGACUCGACACAGAACCGACAGCUUGCCGCGUACACGGCGGAGCUCGCGAGCUCGAAUCCUUACGGGCUGCGCGAGUCGUACUACGGGCUCACGGUCAAAGCGGACGCCUCGCUCGCGGCGCUGGCCAAGGACAUCUUCUACCAGGAGCUGCCGGCGACAGCCAAUGUGGCUGGUGCGAACCCCGUGCUGCUGUACCAGGGCAUCACUUUGCCAAUGAUCGAGCUCAUGCAGAAGAACGGGGGCAAUCCCUUGGGCAUCGCCGUGUCCGAUGGGCCCCUAUACCUGAUCCACGUCGCGUGCUGGUGGGACAAUGCUUCGGACGACGCCACCAUCUAUGCCUUCAUCACCAGCGUGCUGACCCAGAUCAAAGCCGCCGCGACCCAAAUCGGCAAGCAGAACGACUACCUCUACAUGAACUACGGCGGCGUCUACGAGGACGUGAUCCAGAGCUAUGGCGCCGCCAACAAGGCCAGCCUCAAGAGCAUCGCCGCCAAAUACGACCCCCAGCAGGUCUUCCAGAUCCUGCAGCCGGGCUAUUUCAAGCUCGACCGCGCCCCCGUCGUCGACUCGAGUUAUUUCUCGGGCUAG